GAGGGGGAAAUGAAGACGAAAAAGGGUUUGACGAUGCUGUCGGGGAGCGAGACGGACGACGACGAAGGUGCGGACGCCCCCCUGGACCUGUCGUCCAGUGGCGGAGGCGGCGGUAAAAGGAAGCGGCGCGGCAACCUCCCCAAGGAGUCGGUGCAGAUCCUCAGGGACUGGCUGUACGAGCACCGCUACAACGCGUACCCCUCGGAACAGGAGAAGGCGCUCCUCUCCAAGCAGACGCAGCUUUCCACACUGCAGGUAUGCAACUGGUUUAUCAACGCACGCCGGCGCCUCCUCCCCGAGAUGUUGCGGAAAGACGGUAAGGACCCCAACCAGUUCACCAUCUCCAGGAAGUGUGGCAAGGCGGGCGACAGCUUCUCUGACAGCUCGCAGUCGCCCAAACACAAUAGCAGCAGCAGCAGCAGCCCAGCGGGGGGCGCCCACGACGACGGCGGCUAUGACAAGCGGGUCCUGCACCCUUCCUGCUUCGAGCCCGCCACGCCUGGCGUCCUGAGGAAGGCGGUGUCGCCCUCCUCCUCAGUGCCCUCUCCCACCUGCGCGUCCCCCUCUUCGGGCACCCUGCCCACCCGGCCGUCGGUCAUCUGUCACACCACUGUCGCCAGCCCGACCGCCCUGCAUCCGUUGCCGCUGAACUCUGACAAGGCGGCCGAGCGGCUGCAGGCGGCGCAGGCGCUCCUCAGGUGUCUGGAUAAAGGGGCGGGCGCCCAACUCCCCACCGGCGCCGCCACCACCACCAUCCUGGAGGGAAACCUGAGCCCCCGCAGCGGGCUCUUCAACACCCCUCCCCCGACUCCGCCGGACCUCACGCAGGACUUCAGUGGCUUCCAGCUCCUUGUGGACGUCGCCCUGAAGCGGGCUGCCGAGAUGGAGCUGCAGGCCAAACAGUUAGUCUCCUAAAAGAGGGGACCACUAAUUCACAAACUGAGAACAAAGCCCUCAUCAUUUCUCUUUUCUAAACGAAUCAAAUUCUUUGUUUUGGUUUUUUUUUUUUUAAUUGAAAAAAACAACAGUAUCACGGUGCCUUGGCUCUAAGAUGUUUAUUCAUUUCAUAUUUGUAUCGACGUGUAUCUUAUUUGCACCCCAAGGACCAAAAAUAUGGGACAAAUGCUACCUGUCUUACGUCUUUCAUCCGAACACAUUUCAGGUCCUGAUGGAUCUGUGUCUUAACACUUUUUUUUAUUUUUAUUUUUUGCUCUUGGUAUCAACGUAUUCACUACUGUAGUUAAUGUUACACUAUAGUUUGUCAUUUAGCUGUUUUAAAAGAUUUUUGUUGUUGUUUUGUUUUUUACUCCUUUAUUGCCCACAUAAGGGACAUAUUCCAGAUGAAAAAUGUAGCAGGUUGGGCCAGUGGACUGGACGAUGACACACUACACGUUUCUUCAAGCUGUUUUAUUUUUUUAUCGACAAAGACAGCCCAAAAGAAGCAUAUUCAUGUACAAUAGGACCACGUGUAUAGUUAAUGUGACGACAUGAUGCCCUCUGAUGUGAUUUCUUUUCAUACUGUGCAAUGUUUGUGGCGAGCGAGAGGUCACGCGGGAUUCAAAUAAAGUUUUGUUUUUUUUCUACA